AUGCAUGGGGAUGUUUUUAUUACUUCGAAGGGAUCAAAGCCGUUGAAUAUGCAGGAUUUACGUGAUAAACCUUCAUUAUUCAGCAAACCACUGAAUAUUGAUGGUUACCCAUUGUUGGCUCGGCGUGGAGUUACUCAGCAAGAACAGAAAGUCAUCAAUGUUAUUGAUGAAUUGGAAAAAGUGACAGUUCAGGUUCCUCUAGUGAUAUCUACUAAUGAUAGUAACGAUGGGCAGAAUCAGGAGUGUUCUCAACCUGAUCAAAAUCCUGAGGAGGGAGAGAAUGUCAAGGGUUUCCGAGGCUCAUAUGCGGAUAGAGUGAAGAUCAAUACGUCAGUUAAGCGUGAGGUAAACUUCAGGCUGCUUGAAUCGUUAGAGAGUGUGGAGGAGGCAGACGUUGUUAUCCCUAAGGAAGCAGUACGUCAGGUACAAAAGAAGUUUGAAAAUGUUCUUUACGGUUACUUUCUAGGUGAUAGAUUGCCUUUUCCCGUUGUUGAUUACUAUGUCAAGAAUGUAUGGGCAAAGUAUGGGUUCGUUAAGCUUAUGAUGAAUUCAGACGGUUUUUUCUUUUUCAAAUUUGAUUCCAAGGAGGGUAUGCUUAAGGUUCUUGAGAAUGGCCCAUGGCUGAUAAGAAAAGUGCCAUUAUUUCUGAACGUAUGGGGUCCGACUGUAAGUUUAAAGAAGGAAGGUAUUAAGUCGGUUCCAGUAUGGAUCAGGUUACAUAAUGUUCCUUUGGCCGUGUACACAGAUGAUGGUUUGAGUUUGUUAGCCUCUAAGGUGGGGAUCCCGAAAAGGUUAGAUAGUUAUACGGCGGAUAUGUGCAUCGAGAAUUGGGGUAGAACUAGUUAUGCACGUGCAAUGGUUGAGAUAAAUGCUGAUAAGGAGCUAAAAUCUCAUGUAGUGGUUGCUAUCCCUAAAAUGGAUGAAGAAGGAUUCGUGAUGGAAAGAGUUAGAGUUGAAUAUGAAUGGAAACCUCUCCGUUGUGAAACUUGUUGUUUAUUUGGCCAUACUAUGUCCUCAUGCCCUAGGGCUUCUAAGGAAAAAGCAAAGCAGGUAAUAAUUGAUGAUGAGGGUUUCAUAAUGGAUAAAAGAAAGACUGCCAAACAUGGCUUUCCACAAAAGAAACCAAAGCCGAAGUUUGUUUACAAACCUAAGCAAAGCACGGCAGGUGCUAGUACUUCGGGUACCAAAAACCAAGGAGACGUAAAAGAAGCUGAACCGGUUGUGAGUUUACAUAACAAAUACGAUAUGCUAGGAGAGGGUGGUUCCAAUUCAGGUAAUCUAAAUGGCCGGAGCUCUUCAGAGCCGAAAAACAAUGCAGUGGAUGGAACAAGUAAAGAGGAUAAGAAUUCAAAUAAUCAGAAGUCGAACUUGGAGGGAGAUGAAGAAUUAAUAGACCCAUGUCAGCCGGAAAUUUCAUCCUUCAUGUCAGCGAAUAAGAAGAAGGCAUGGAAUAUAAGGGGCUUGAACCGGCCCCUGAAACAAAGAGAGGUUCAGCAAGUAGUGAAAGAUAAUCGGUUGAGUGUUUGUGCCAUUCUGGAAUCUCAUGUGGAGGUGUCAAAGCUUUCUAAGGUUUGCAAUAGAGUUUUCAGACAAUGGGAGUGGACUUCAAAUGGUGGUGUUUGUAAUAGAGGUACUCGAAUCAUAAUAGGUUGGAACAAUGAUUUGGUGGAUCUUAUGGUCCUGGCCCAAACGGAUCAGGUCGUGCAUGUUAAACUCAAGUCAAUAGCUCUGGACACUCGUGUGUUUGUGUCUUUUGUUUAUGCGAAGAAUACUUAUCAGGAGCGUAGGGAAUUAUGGCGUGAUUUGAUGAUGCAUAAGUUGGUUGUUAAUAACCAGCCGUGGAUUGUGCUAGGGGAUUUUAACUCGGCCCUCUACUUGGAUGAUGUUUUACAUGGCUCGUCUAAUCCGACAAUAGGAAUGAGGGACUUCUUUGAGUGUGUUCAACAGAUGGAGCUUCUUGAUAUCCCCGGGCAUGGGCUCCAUUUUACGUGGAACCAAAAGCCAAAGGAAGGGAUUGGUAUCCUUAAGAAGAUAGAUCGGGUUAUGGGGAAUGUUAGUUUCUUGGAUGUGUUUCCUAAUGCUCAUGUGCUCUAUCACCCUUAUAGGGUGUCGGACCAUACGCCGUGUAUUCUUAAACUGGAUCAAGUUCGCCGUCCUAAACCCAAGCCGUUUAAAUUCGCUAAUUUUAUAGCCAACAAAGAGGAGUUCAAAGCUUGUGUUGUUUCCGAAUGGAGUAGAAGUAUAGAGGGCAUUCCGAUGAUUUCUGUGGUAAAAAAGCUUCGGAAUCUUAAAUCCCCGUUAAGGAAGCUGCUUCAUGAUCAAGGUAAUUUACAUACUAAAGUCAAAGAGUUGAGAUUGCAGCUGGAUGAUAUCCACCGUCAAAUUGAUAUUAAGCCGUUUGAUGCUACGCUUCGGGAAAACGAAACUGAACUUAUAAAAAAGUUCCAUAUUGCUUCUUAUGAUGAGGAAUCUUUUUUAAAACAAAAAGCUAAGCUGGAAUGGCUAAGUGCGGGAGAUGGCAAUACAUCUUUCUUUCACAAUUUUGUUAAAAGUAGGAAUGCCAGGAAUAAAAUCCACUUGAUUCGAGAUGCUAAUGGUAUUCAGCAUGAAGGAGUGGAUGUUGAGAAAGCAUUAGUUGACCACUAUGCUAAUUUUUUGGGUAUUGAAGCUGAAGUGGAAGAGUUAAACAUGGAAGGCCUCUUUGUGAACACCGUAAAUCCGGAUCUUGCUGAUCACAUGAUUCGGCCAGUGACACGUGAGGAAGUCAAGGCGGCUAUGUUCAGUAUUGCUGAUAACAAGGCCCCGGGUCCUGAUGGAUAUACAUCGGUGUUUUUUAAGAAAGCUUGGGAUGUAGUUGGUGAUGAAGUUUCGACUGCAAUUCUUCAAUUUUUUGAGAAUGGUAAACUGCUUCAGCAGGUAAACCAUACAAUAAUUGCCUUGAUUCCCAAAGUUUCUACUCCUGCUUCGGUUUUGGAGUAUAGACCGAUAUCCUGUUGCAAUGUCAUUCUUAAAUGCAUAAGUAAGAUCUUGUCGGAGAGAAUUAAAGGUAGUUUGGGUAGCUUGGUUGACAUCAGCCAAUCGGCUUUUAUUCCUGGCAGAAAAAUCUCGGACAAUAUCCUUCUUACGCAGGAACUUAUGCACAACUAUCAUUUACAUAAGGGGAAGCCGAGGUGUGCCUUCAAAAUUGAUAUCCAGAAAGCAUACGACACUGUCAGCUGGAAGUUUCUCAAAUCUAUCCUAACCAGGUUUGGAUUCCCUCCUAAAAUGGUGGGAUGGAUUAUGACGUGUGUCUCUACUGUGUCGUUUUCUCUUUGCAUUAAUGGGAAUCUUUGUGGUUACUUCAAAGGGAGGAGGGGGCUUAGACAGGGUGAUCCUAUAUCCCCCUAUCUGUUUACUUUAGUCAUGGAGGUUCUUUCUUUAUUAUUACAUAAGGCAGCUGAUGAUCAUCCUGCUUUUCGGUACCAUGAUAAGUGUAAACUUCAGAAGAUUAUUAAUGUGUCCUUCGCUGAUGACUUGUUCAUUUUUGCUAAUCUGGAUUUGGUGUCCAUUCGUAUUAUGAGGGAUGCGUUGGAGUUAUUCACGAGAACUUCGGGUCUUAACCCGAAUUUAGCGAAAAGCACAGUCUUUUUCAGCAAUGUUUCGUCUCAGAUGAAGCAAGAGAUUUGCUCCCUUCUUCCGUUUCAAGAGGGAGAGCUCCCUGUUAAGUACUUGGGAGUUCCGCUGAUUUCAACCAAGCUUUCCUCGAAGGAUUGCAAAAUUCUAGUGGAUCGGGUUGACAAGAAAAUUGAUCAGUGGUUAAACAAGUCUCUUUCUCUUGCAGGAAGGCUCCAGUUAAUUAAGUCGGUUAUUUCGGCUAUGCAUGUAUACUGGGCAUCUGUGUUUAUGCUUCCGGUCCGUAUAGUUACAGACAUUGAAAAGCGUAUGCGUAAUUUUCUUUGGAGUGGUGGGGUGGCUAAGGGUUCUACUCCGAAAGUUGCUUGGAAGAAUGUUUGCCUUCCAAAAUCCGAAGGCGGCCUGGGCAUUAGAAGAAUUCAUGACUCGAAUAAAGCGCUUCUUGCUAAUCAUGUGUGGAGUAUUCUUACUAAGCGGGAUUCUCUCUGGGUAAAAUGGGUUCAUUCGUACAGGAUCAAAGGGAGAAACUUUUGGGAGCUUCCUUUUCGUGGUAGUAUGACAUGGGGGUGGAGAAAAAUCUUAUCUAUCCGGUCCUCUAUUCGUCCGUUCAUUUGGUUCUUGAUUCGUGACGGUACGGAGGCUAAUGCUUGGAAUGACAACUGGUGUGCUUAUAGCCCUUUGCGGGAUUUCAUUACCCCUAGACGAAUUCAUGGGGCGGGGUUUAGCAUGCGAUCUUCAGUGUCAGAUCUCAUUGAUACUCAUAAUGGGUGGAAGUGGCCGAUUGCUUGGUUUGACCUUUAUCCAGUUUUGAUUAAUUUAAUGCCUCCGAGUAUGGUUCAUAAUGUUCCUGAUAAGCUCGUUUGGAAGAAUAGGCAGGGCAACGUCUCAGAAUUCAGUGCUAGUGAGGCUUGGGAGAGUAUUCGGGUGCGCGGUGAGGAGGUGGAUUGGGUUAGCUUGGUUUGGUUCGGUCAGAGUAUUCCGAGACAUUCUUUCCACUUGUGGCUUGUUAUUAAGAAUAAGCUAAAAACCCAGGAUCGAAUGGGAGUUUGGGAUGCUGGAAGUGCAACUAAUUUAAAUCUAAUGUGCUGUCCUCUGUGCAAUCAGGGUAAGGAUUCUCGGGACCAUUUAUUUUUUCGAUGCUCCUAUGCUUUGCAAGUGUGGAAUCGGGUGAAGGAUAUGGCUUAUAUGGAUUCGAUUGAUGAAAAUUGGGAUUCCAUUAUUGCUUGGCUUUCUCAACAUGCUAUUAAUAAUUCAGCGAAAAGUAUUGUCAGUAAGUUGGUGGUUGCGGCUUCGUCUUAUUUCAUAUGGCAAGAAAGAAACAACAGGCUGUUUUCUAGAACACAGCGAAAUGCUACAGUGAUCGCAAACAUUGUUCUUCAUACAGUUCGCCUAAAGCUGAUGACUUUCAAGGCUGGGAAAAGUAUGAAACACCCGCUGAUGCUAGAGAGAUGGAAGUUCCAAGUGAAGGCGCUAAGUAUUGAUCCGGGCUAG